AUGGCUUCGCGAGAUCGUUCUGUCUCCCCGAAAAUCCAAAAUUGCCCGCUGGUUUCCCCCUCGGCGCCUGCAUCCGUUCAUUCCUCAAGUCGCACCAAGCGGAAGCGCUCGCAAGGCUGUGACCCUGGAGCCGACGAGGUAGAGGAUCCUCGGCCUUCAAAACAGAUCAAGAGAUCACCCACCCUCCUAGCGCUCUCUGAAGACAACUUGCAAAAACUCAACGCAGAAAUCAUGGACGGCGCAAACAGCAUGAAUGGCCUGAAAAGAACCUCAUCCAGACCUUCCAGAAAAUCAGAUAUAAGCCAGGAUACAACACAAACCCAAAGUGUUUCUGUCGCUUCCGCUUCCUACCGCUACAAUUACCUCGCAGACGCCCAAGUCUUCUUCCACGCGGAUCCGCCUGAUUAUAUCAAUACCACUAUCCAUACCAUUAUCGAAGCGAAAAUCAGCGAGAAGGAUCGAGCCAAACUGAAAGAUAUAGCAAGGCAGUUCCACAGUAACACGAUGAAAGUUGUCAGAGCUUCAGUUGGCGAAGAUGACUUUCUUGGAAUACUUACCGGUGCUUUCGAGGCUCUGAAUAAAGUCCAUCUCUGCCACCGAGCAAAGUCCGACUGGCGAGAGGAGCUCAAGCCUGCGAGCCGGCAACCACACUUCGAUCUGGAUUUCCUCACGAAUCCGAACCUCAAGGCCAAUGGCCAGUCAUCAGCCCUUGACGAGGCUUUGCCUCCACCUCACAAACGCCAACAGCGGUCUGCCAGUCAAACAUACAUGUCUCCGUCGUCAAUGAACGACGCAAUCGAAUCUGCAUCAACCAAAGCACCACAAGACACUGGUACGAUGCCUCCUCCGGCUGCUUCCUCUUUACUGGCGAAAGAAGGAGAUCGAUCUGUGAUCAAAACGCCCCGUCCCGACUUAUCGAUUGGCAUACUUAACACGACUCUCCACUCGCGUGUUUCGACGGAAAAAUUCAACGAGGUAGAGGUUGAACAACUCCUCAGAUACCUGCAGGCCAAGCUGAGGCCCCGCGAACCAGGGAAGCAGCCCGAACCAAUACUGAUAUCAAUACCCGCUCUACGCGCGUCAGAUCUCGCUUUUCCCUUCAUCGUUGUUGAGGGAAAGGCAUACUCCACUGGCAAACAGAUGUUCGAAGCCGAGAACCAAGCUGCCGUUUCCGGGGCCUGUGGGCUGAAAAUACAGCUGUGUCUUGACGAGUUAGUACAGCAAGUAAACCGCACAGCAACGACUUCGGAUGUCCCACCAACUACACCUGCUCCGCCGCCGCUUUUUUUCUCCGUCUGCACCGAGGGCCCAAUCCACGCGCUCUGGGCCCACUACACGCUGGUUGAAAACGGCGUGCGCAAAUUCAAGAUGACGCUGCUGAACUCCUGCAACGCGGUGAGGCUGAAGGAUCUAGAAGAGUUUCUCGUCGCGUUCUAUAAUGUGUGUAGUUGGGGUACGGGAGGAUUUCUUGACUCGGUGGUGGAACGCCUGGGCAAGGUGGUGGCGAACCUAACGGCUGCAUCGCAAUCGUCGGGAUAA